GUGAAAAGGCUUACAUAAUUUCCUCUAUCGCCAAUUUCAAUAUGGCGACUCGACGAUGGCAGAUCUUCUAUGGACACCACAUCCCUCAUAACGUGGUGUGGUUCCUUUGUUUAUAUCAAGUGGUAUAUCAAGUUGUGACAACAGCGAAGGGUACUCCAGACAAUGGAUACGUCAUCCAAACCACAAAAAGUAACUGGUGGGAUGCUUCUCGGGAAGGAUGUGAGGAGUUUGGAGGGAAUCUCUACAUACCACCAUCCCUUGAGAGUCAUCAAGAUUUGGCGGCCAUAUUGGAUCCCGGGCAGACAUAUUGGAUCGGGGCCAUGGAGUACUCAACUUGGACUUGGACAUAUGAUGAAUCACCUCUGUACGAACAUACGGGUUACGAACGGUUCCCUUCAAGUGGUAAGCCGACGGAGAUAGAAGGAAAUACGGCCUUUCACUGUCACCUGAACUGUGGCAAGAGAUAUACAAGAAUCGGCCUUAGUGGAAAGGCCUGCUACUGUCUUGUUGAUGAAGGAUACCAAACUAACGUGGGCAAAACAGUAACGGAAGUCAGAUGCCCGGGGAACUAUGAUGAAUGGUGUGGUGAUGACAGGGGCGUGUCAGUCUAUGAAAUAGUGGACAUUGACAUCACCCUGGCAUCCCAGGGCCAGUGUGUUUAUGCUAAGAAGAACCCAAAUGUUCAUCACUAUUACUCUUCUUUCCACAACGAUAACAACUGUAGCACCAUGCGAUCACUCGCAUUUACAGGCAAUGCACCCAGUCCAGGGAGAUGCGCAGGCACCACGUGUGUUGAACAUGGAUUAAGGAGCUGGGACUCGUCCGAGGCUAGACGUAGAUUGCUGAAAGUGUCGGGCGCCAACCUCGACGACCUGACAGACGCUAUGACAUAUAACUACUACCAACAUAACUACUACACGUACUGGAUCGGCCUGAGACGCCUGUACCGGCGUGUGUGGAUCAAUGGUAGUCACGUCAAGAUGGAUAACGACAUACACACUGACCGGUUCUGUCUGUCUAUAAACAAGUCCAAACAGAACGCUACAACUCUGCUCUGGUCCCUUUGUACCCAUAGCCUGAAGGCAGUUUGUCAAGUCGGAACACAGAGCACGAGCUUUUCUACAAGCACCACGACAUCUCAUCCGUCAGCGUCGACAUCAUCACCACCACUUCCUACAGAGGCGGGGACAACACUAGAGGCAACUUCGUCCUCCUCGGCCCAUGCCACGUCCACCUUUUCCAACGCUACCAGCGACUACCAGGGGCUUAAUACUGGCACUCUCAUAGGCAUCUCUAUCGCCUGUGUAGUCAUCCUCGCCAUGACGAUGGCUGCUAUUGUGAUCAUGAAAAGACACAGACUGCUUUUCUUUGAAGCAAACCCAACGACUGACACGACAGACAACGUCGGGUAUGACAACAGGGCGUAUGCCACGAUGUUUGAAGAUGAUCACAUCUACGACACUAUAACGGAACACCAAGGGAGACACGGUCAAUCCCACCUUCCCGUCGCCACCGUCAAACCCAUCUUACACAUCUAUGUGAACGACCCUCAGUUGGACAAGGACGAAGGAUACAAUGUCCUAUCACAGUGCAGCUCUGUCGUUCCUUCUUCAGUAAAACCUUAUGAUCAUGUUAUAGUAGGUGGCGAUGGCACAGUAAUUGGAGCCGAUUACGAUAGAGUGACAAUCACAAACGACCCACCUAAAUUCAACAGCAAUGUUUGUCUGGAUGAUAAUGGUGAUGAAAAUGAAUAUAUCAGUCUUAAGGACGACCUAGUGCCAGUGGAUGAUCGCAAAGCUAAUCCUGAGGAAUUUGACAGAGCAGACGACAGGAAUCACACGAUCCCGGAUGCAGGAACGAAGUUUGACCAACACCAGAACAGAAGGGUUGCUGAACCUGUUUAUCAAAACAUCUCCCAAAUUGGACAGUCCGUCAACGACGAUGACGAGAUUAGGACGGGGAACGUCAACGGUAACGUGAUGACGUCGCAUGAUGGAUGUUACUGUAACAUUGGACCUGCGUCGGAAACAGAUAUCGCCAAGAACAAAGAAGAUGGACGUCAUCCUAUCCAUCAAUCACCAGCAGCAACAGAUGCAUGACGAAUGUUCGAUGUUCUCGUCAGAUCAUAUAGAUAACAAUAUUCAGUGUUUAUAUUGUCUCUGUGGAACAAUUACGUCCCUGAAGCGUGUCAGGAUCCAGAGAGUGUUGGUUCCACGACACACAGAACACUGAAAUUUUCUGUACCGCAGUUAUACGUUUUUUGUACGUAAUCUGAAAGUGGACACUAUCUGUAUAUUAUUCGUGUUGUUUGACUCUAUUAUAUCAGGACAAGUUUAUUAUUUCAUCAUAUAUUGUGUAUGCCUUAUCACAGACAAUACCAUUGAUUCUGUAAUGCAGCACCAGGGACAUUCCGGGAUGACAAUUGAUCCACACCAACCUUAACUUGUCCUAAGAGGCGACUCGGAUCGGGUGGUCAGGUUCGUUGACUUGGCUGAUUGCGUGUCGUCGUACCUCGACGGCGUGGGACAUUCUCAGGAAAUCAAAAACUUGAUGGUCUGGUCAGACUUGAUUUUUUACAGGCUGGCGUCAUAUACUAGUAUCCAGUUUCUUAAAUGCUUUGUUGAAACUUUACAGGUGAUAAUUCUGACAAAAUCAGUCAAUGAUAUAUAUUAGACGUUUGCUGGCACUGAAGAUACAGGUCCUACAACAAGCGUUUGAGUGAUCUCUUCAACAAGCAAGAAUUUUUUUUCACACCCACAAAAUAUCUUUGGAAACAUUCGUAAAAUAUUAACAGAAAUCUUAAACAGUUUAGGGAUCGUUUAGAUCGAAGCGAUUACUUCCGAGUUACCAGAAGUGCUUAGAUACAGAGAAAGUAUAACGGUUAGCACCACGUCUUCUUUAUCUUCGUAUCCUCCGAACUUCCAUGUACUUCCAGGGAAUAUCUACAUGACACUGACUUUAUUUGGAUAAAUGUCUAAGAUCCCACCAAUACCUGAUUCAACUUGGUAUGAGAACACUGACUGGGUCGUCUAUAACGUGAAGACAGAGGAAGCAACCGAAUGGGUCGUCAAGUAACUAGUGCCAUAGUUACAAAACAUGUUGUUACAUAAUCGAGUUCGGUUUCUGUUUUUCAAAAGGAGUCCGACACUUCCAGGUGUAUGUAGUGUCAAGCGCUUUAACUUACUUAUGUUUACACCAGUUAUGUUUAAUUAUAUUUUUCAUGAAUAAAUGUUUUCGAAAACUGCAA